AUGGCGCACGACAGGCCGUGUCCGCCACAGGAAGUCGUCACUUUACAAAGGCUAGCAGGAGCUAGUCCAGUGCUACUCGGCUGCGAUGCCAAUUCACGGCAUACAUUAUGGGGCAGCUCGGAAACCAACGAAAGAGGUGAGUCGCUAUUUCAAUUUAUUAUUGAUUCUACGUUUAGGAUUUGUAAUAGAGGUAGUACUCCCACCUUCAUAUUUCCUAUUACCUCUGAUUUUUGCGGUUGGGAAGAGGUCCUAGACCUAACUCUGCUGACCGAGGGGAGCCUAAAGGUCAAUAAAUGGAGAGUAUCCGACGAAGAGACCCUCUCGGACCACCGUCGAAUACUCUUUGAGCUAAAUAUUGCGGCGGAUACGCCUACUCCCUUUAGAAAGCCUCGUAAAACAGAUUGGGACUUAUUUCAAAAGGUUAUUGGAAAAGAAUUGAAGAAACUACCAGUUGAAGACAUUCCUUCAAGAGGCGAGCUGGACGCCAAAGCCGACAGCCUGAAUAAGGCCGUCGGAAAGGCCCUUACGAAGGCUUGUCCGCUGAGGUAUGGCAAUAAAGCGCGCACACCUUGGUGGAAUGAGAACCUUGCAGCGCUACGGAAGCAAGUAAGAAAAUCCUUCAACUAA